UGUUGGAAGAAACAAAAAUCGACCAAAUCACUCCCUCUUUGAACAUCAUUGGGAUAACAGUUUCGCGACUACUUCUUUAGCACUUGUACUUCCUGUUGAAGUUUAUAUUCAAAUUUUUUAUUUGUUUUCAAUUAAAAGUUUUUAAUUAGCUUUAAUUUCAGUGAAUAAAUCAAACGAAACAAGUGUUGUGUAAAGUUUUAUCUUGUUUAUCAGUAGAUUUUUGACUAUGGAUUCUACGACGUUUUCACUGAAACAGUCUACAUGUCCUUUAACAGUCACGAAAAUUUCAUCAAGACUUGGAUAUUUCAUACAUUUGGCGAUAGGCUGAAGGCUGAAUUGAUCGCGCUAGCCAUGAACCUCGCGCUGCAUGGAUUUUUGUUGCAGGUUUUAUUGUCGAUUCUCAACCUCCAGCAUGGCUCCUUGUUAUGCAGCGCGGGGGAACCUGGCUAUUUGGACUUCGACAAUUUGCCAGAGACGAAUUUCUCGUGCCAGGGGAAAGUGAUCGGUGGAUAUUACGCCGAUGUUGAAGUCGGAUGUCAAAUGUUCCACGUUUGCACCAUCGGUCAAAAAGACUUGGUUUCAGACGAGAUUAUGGACAUAAAGUUCCUCUGUCUGAAUGGGACCGUGUUCGAUCAGGAAACCAGGGUUUGCGAGAGGGUCGACGAGGUCGAUUGCAGCAAGAGCGAGCGAUUCUACAACCUGAAUUUGGAACUCUAUGGAAACAACGCGGUCACUCUCAGUUUGCACGAAAACAGCGAGGACGACGUCGAUCAAUCGGAUCCAACGGACGAUCAUCAUCAACGUACCACGUCGGCACGACCCACCACAACAACCAGCACGACAACCACGAAACCGAGCAAACCGUCCACCACGCCAGCUUCCAAUUCCUUUUCCCAUCCCACUGGUUAUCCCCAACACUAUCAACCUCAGCCUCCCUUCCCUCAAGUUCACACCAGCCAGUCCAAGUCUCUUUACGACGAUAAAAAUGGCGGAUACCAUCACCAGUACAUCUUUCACAACGGGGAAAGGAACAAUAAUCAGCAAGCAACUUCGUAUCAAUUGUUCAGCAACCAAGGAGUCAGCUCCACGACUGUUCAACCGCCUCAGGUUCAUCAGAUUAGAUUCAGCUCCACUUCGAGCCCUCAGAUCAUCCAUAACAACGAACCGUCCACGGUCACACCGUUGUUCCACUCAACCUCGUCGACCAUUCAAACGUUGCUGAACAGCAAUGGGAAUGGCGUGAUAAAUCCUAUUUUUCAUAACCAUGGAAUCGCCAGCACCACGGAACAAUUUAUCCACAGUAAUAAUCCUAGAGAGACUUCCCACUAUCGUGAACACGGGGAGCAGAAUAUCAGACCUUUGGAGGCUAUCCAAUCGACUAAUAAAGGAAAGAUCUCAAAAUUAACGAUAUCGCCUGUGCCAACGUCGGAGUCGUCACGAUCGGGGCAAACGAAAAGCAACAGCCAGAGCUCCCAACAGCAAAGAAUCUCGGGAAACUUCCUUCCAACACCGGCAACCGAUGAAACAACAAUCAGAUCCUUCUAUCCAACCCCGAGAACUUCGUCAAAACCGCCUCAAACCUCCCAACCCACCAAUGAACAAGUCACCCAGCACAUACACGUGCUGCCCCCUAUACCGAUCCCUCAAUUGAAGCCCCAUCAGAUCACUAUCAACCUGCCGCCACCCGAUCUCCAGAGAAUAGUCCAAAACCCGUCGUCCUUGCUACCUUCCCAAUCCAGGGUAAUCGUAACGGCCAAAGCAAGCGUCAGCGACGAAUCUGGCAGACCUCUGAACACCACCCAGUUGGUCACUCUUCCGCUCCCAACCAUCCCCGCCAGCUACGAUGAUUACAAAGAGGGUGACGAGUCGUUUGAUCCUUUCUACAGGGACGUUCCUAAAAUUCGGAACAGCAGAUAUGUUCGUACAGUGGUUAACGAAAGGAAAAGUGGUUGGAGAGUGAAGAGAUCGAAGAAUUCUAUGGUUUCAUUCGCUUAUGAUGGGGAUUCUAAGAAGAAUAGGGAAGUGGCAAGUUCGAGUGGCACGAACGUUGAGAAUGAAAGUGACAGCAAGGAUUUUCGGUCGAUCAAAGAGAGUCUGAUGAGGUUCAGAGAUAUCUUGUUCGGGGACGAGUUCACGGAGGAGGCUAUUCGUAAUGUCUUCGAGGGGAGCAAGUUACAGGGAAUUGGCUCUGAUAAAAAUAUCGAUAACGAGAGGAAGGAUUCGGAACUGGAGGAUCUAGAAACGAAGGCUUCCAAGAACUUCAAGGCAAGGGAAUACGAGGAUGAUAUCGAGGAAGAGGAGCAGGAAGAUGAAAGGGGUAAAUCCGAUGAACAGUCACAGGAAUUUGAUAUUUCUUUGAGAUCGGAUACCCAGGAGUCCGAUGGUGAAGAAUACAUUGAUGUGGAUGAGAGAGGGAAAGUUGAAUCAGAUUUGAAGGAAGAUAGUGAAGAAGUGGAUGAAGAAGAGGAACAAGAAAUUUCGAACGAGAAGGAGAAGAUUGACAACGAAAAUGAAAAAGAUAAGAUCGAGGUCAAAAAGCCGGAACGAAUUAUCGAUGUCGUUAUUCUUGAUCCAAAAGAAUAUUCGAAAUCUAAGGAUGCUUUUUCGAACACGACAGAAAGAGAACACGUUUCCAUGGAGAUUCCAAAACUUUCCACGACUGAAGAGACAACUAUUAAGACAACGAUGGAAAGAGAGUCUACGCAUAGGCAAGAUUCAAAAAAUCCAAAAGAUCAACGCGACAUUGUUGAAGAUAAAAUGCAGUCUAAACAGAAGGGAAGUGAUCGCGAAGAAAACGUAGAAGACGAAAAAAGAAGAGAAAAAUCAAAAGAGUUGAAGCCAAUCGAAGGAAGAAAAAGUUCGAGGAUCAGAUCUAGAGGAAAGAUAUCUUCAAGGAAGAAGGAAAAUAAAACUGAAAAUAACGAAUCUGUUAAAUCAACUGAUGAUAAUCUUCCUGAACAAAAUGUGGAAACAAGUACAACGAGAGUGAAUUCUGAGGUUGAACAGAUUGACAAGAAUAUAUUUGAGGAAUCAGAAUCUCAAACCUCAAAGGAAGUCGAUACCAGAGCUGUGAACAAACAUGGUGGUUAUUUAAAGAGUCUGCAGACCAGUAAGGAUCAGGAUUCAGGAAAAGAGAGUCGAAAAGGCGAGGUUAAUGAAUACGAAACCUCAGAAAAGCAAUCUAAAACUUUGGAAACAUAUGAAGAGGAGUCCAAGAAAAUUUUGGAAGAUGAAGAGAAGGUGAAUUUUGAUGAAGAACAAAUUGAAGAAAAAAAGAAAACCGAGGAAACAAAAUUUGAUGAAGAAAUGGAACAGAAGCUUGAAACGCUUAAGAAGAAUUCUUCGAUUGAACAUGAAAGUGUGGAAGACGAAUCGACCACAGUUCUCAAUGACGAAGAUUUUGAAGAAGACAGCUACGAAGUAACCAAAAAUUCUCGCGAGGAGAAAAGCACGAAGCUCGAAGAUUCUUCAGAAGAAGAUUUCUCUCAUGAACUGAAGGAUAAAAACGCGAAAAUUGAAAGCGAAGAAAAGGAAGAAAAAGAGUAUUCUACGACCAAGAAGGAGGAAAUCAAUUCUCAAGAAGAUUCGAUAGAGCACCAUGACUCUACUGAGGCAUUUUAUGAAAGUACUUACGAAAUGGAUGAAGAUAACGACUAUAAAGAUUCUGAAAAUUCCGAAGAUACUACUAUUUCUUCCUUGGAACGUACUAUUUCUGAAGAAACGCCAAGUUCCAAGGAAGAAAUUCUCGAGAAACAUAUUUUGAGCGAUCAGGAAGAAAGUACUGAAGGAGUUCUUAAAUUCACCGAUGAAUUGCCCAAGGAUAGAAGAGAAGACAUAUUGGAAUCUAAGAAAUCGUCAGAAAUUGUAGAUAAUACCGCGCAUGAUUACGUUGAUGAUAAUUACGAGCCUGAUAAUUAUAAAGAACGUGAAUCUUCAAACUCUAACAAUCUAAGCGACGAGAAGAACAAAGAAAUGUUGGCUGAUAGCAAAAUAGAGGAUACUAAUGAGAAAAUUGAAGAGGACGUAUUGGAAACUACGACCGAGUCUGAAAAAAGUGAGGGGACUGAGAAUCCAGAAGACUUUAACAUGGAGAAGACAGACUUAUUACAGACAACAACGUCAACAACCACAACAACAACAACCACUACUACAACAACAACUGUUCGGCCCACACCUCCAAAAUUAUUCAAACCAAUCUCUGCUAGGAAAAAUUAUAAUUACAUACCUCCAACGACGACUCCAAAUCCCGUGAUAAUCAAACCUAGAAUAAGUCUCCUCAAUCCCAAACCGGCAAAGCCACCUAAAUCUUACAACGAGUUGGCACCAAAACCAGUGAUCAGAAAACUCACCUUGCUAACUCGUAAACCAACAACCAUGAUGGCUAUCACGACGGCUAUGGAGGACAAUUUAAUGGAAACUACGGAAAUAUCGACUGUACAGUCAACAAUAAUUACUAAUAUAACAGACGAAGAAAAUGUGCUUGAGGACAAAUUAAAACUUGUUAACGAGACGGAACAGAGAGACAACACUUCAGCAAAGAGUAAGGAUGAUCAGGUCUCUAGUCCAAGCGAACAAAAAUCCCCAGCAAAUGUCAAAAAGGAAGAGAACGAGGAAGAGAAUUUCACACCUUAUCCUAUCUCUAGAUUAUCCACUGCUCUUGCCUCCACUACUGAGAAAAACUUGAUGGAAAUCGAAUCUACUAGCACCGAGUCCGACAAGUCAAAUAGUUCUAAGAAUUUUACUUUGGUAGACGUGGAAAUCCUGAGUACAACAGCUUUAUCGACGACUUUUGCUUCCGUCGAGUCUGAUUAUCCCAAGGAAUCAUCUCCAACCAUGAAUCCAACUACACAAGAUGAAACAUCGAUUGCAUCAUCGAUCAAGUUCAUAGAUCAAAAUAUGACAGAAAUUUCUGUCACUACUCCUCAAAUAAUGACUUCUUCAGAAUCAUCUACGACUGAACACGUUGAAGAAAUGGAAUCGACAACGAUUAGGCCUUUGAGUCGAAAAUCGACAUCGUUGAAAAGACGAGAUGGUUUCAAUUGCCUGGAAAAGGAGAUGUACCGUUUUUAUGGUGACAAUAGGGACUGUAGAUUGUUUCAUUAUUGUUCUCCUGGAUUCACGUCGAGGCAGGUGCUCGAUUUUCGAUUCGUGUGUGAAGAGGACACCAUUUUUGACGAAGAAAGCCAAAGUUGUCGCCAUAAUGUUAAGAACAAAAAAUGCCUGAAAAGACAGUGGUAAUGAGAAGAGUCAGGAUUUUCAAAAAAAUUUGCAUGCUCUCCCUUCGUGUCGCUGAUAACAUUGAUUUUGGUAAUUAGUGAAUCCACGACCUUCCCUAGUGUAUAUUUAAUGUAUAUUGUUAAUAUGUAAGAUCUCUUUUUCUUUCUCUUUCUCUAUCUUUCUCCUAUGGAAGAGGAUAUCACCUUUUCCUUUAAGCAUUUGCCAUAACCCUUGUACAUGAUGAUAAUGGAUUCACACUUAUUAAAAUUAAUACGCUCGAAUAGAUUGUUCGAAUACGCAGCUCACGCGGAGAUGGGAAAAAUGGACGACUGAUCCUAUUUCUUUUCUUUUCUUUUUUUUUUUUACAUUCUUUUUCAACGCUUAGAAUAUUUUAAGCAAUGAACGAGAUUACAGAAUUGCCUUUUUUUAGAAAGAACGAUAGGAGAAACACGUAAAAAAAAAAAAAAAAAAUAGUGGAAGAUUAUUGUUCUGAAAUAAUUUAAGUAUUCAACCGAUUCGAAAAUUAUCGAUAGAUUAUAGCUCUGUUGAUAAAAUAGAAUUGUUCAAUCGAUAAAUUAGAAUCGAUACUUGAAUCGUGCAAUGUUAUAGUUAUAUUUCUUUUAUUUACUUUCUUGAAAUUAAUUUAUUUUUUUUUUAUUCAGUUAUCUAUUUUCCACAAGAUAAUGUAUGUAUUAUUUCAAAAACUAUUUUUUAUUUCAAGAAGUAUUAAAUUUUCAAAAUAUAUUAUAAAAUUCGUAAUACAGCAGUUCAAAUAUAUUAAAUAUGAAAUAAUUAAUCGUGAUUUACAUUGUCAUUACGAUAAUUGUCAUUACAUCACGAUAAAAAUACGAGAACAAUCUCUAUCAAAGAGAUUAUAAUCUUGCUAUCAAAAUCUGACAGUCUCGCAAGCCCUGUCGAUUUUUUUUUAGGAUAAACAAGAAAUUUUGUCGGUUCCUACGUUGCAUUGAUUAUUUCCACGACAAAUUGAUGUGUUCUAUUUAGCAAAACAGCAAUAAAUCUGUUAUACAUUGCUCAAUAAACUCAUAUAUUACGAUCGAAUAUUUGUAUUAGCUGCAUGAGUAGAUUAAUGAGAAUGUAUAGUAUAGUAACAAUUAAAAAAAAAAAAAAGACAAGAAAAAAGAAAUGCAGAAAAGCAUUUUGGAGAAAUACUUAAAUCCCUAUAUUGAUAGAGUAAUUUCUCUAAACAAUCGUGAAUUUAUCUACAUUCAUAUCCUAAUAACAUCCCUAAAUGUUCAUUUCUUUUAAAGAAGAAUAAUUUCGAAUUGAAAUUCCUAUCGAUAUUAUUAAAUGUAUAAAUAGAUUGUCAUAUAACAAUACAUCAUAUAUUUUAUAUAUAUAUAUAAUAUUAUAAUAUUAAUAAUAUUAUAUGUAUUAUUAUAUUAUUAAUAUUUGUAAUAUAUAUAAUAUAUUUACAUGUGAACUUAUUCCGCUCCAAUUUUUGCGAUUUUUAGAUAGUUAAAAUUGAUAAGUGUGUAGAAUAUAUAGAGAAAAGUUUCAGCGUGUACAUUUGAUGGUUUCUGUAAAUAUCUGUGUCUCUCUGUAGAGUUACAUGUUAUCGAUGUACGAAACCUUAUACUGCGUUAAUAAUAAUUGUAAAGUGCGUGCAAUUUUUUGUCUUUAUGAUUGUUUAGUUGCACGAUAAUUUUUCUCUCUCUUUUUAAAUUUUCUUUUUCUAUUUAUUUUAUCGAUUUAGAGCAUUAUAAUUGUUGAUAUAGAUUCUUCUUCAUAUUUAUACCAAGGAAAAUUAUUUGUAAUUUUUAAAAUGAAUGUGACAACAAAAUUUUUACUAAAGAACAAUUUACUUUAACAUUGAGCGUAGAACACAAGAUUAAUUUAACUUUUGUUCCUAAAUAUUUCAAUUAUCAAAAAAAAAUAGUUCGUAAUUUAAUUUGAUCGAUGUAUAAUUUUACCUAUAGAUACUUUUAAUAAUUGUAAAUAUAAUUAUCUUUCAAGUAAUAGGCCACAGUAUCGUAAUUAUUAUUGUUGCCUAAAUAAUAAAAUAUGAAAAAAUAUUUCUAUUCGACCAUCGUACCAUCAAGAAAAAUAUAUUUAUUUAAUUUCACAUUUUCCAUAUCUUUUAUUGAAUACAAUUUUUUAAUAAUUUAAUAAUAAUAUUAACCUAACAAUACAUACAAGUCAUACUUUUACUCUAAAAAUAAAUAAUUUACUUUAAAAAAUAAAUAAAUAAAUUAUUAAUAUUAUAAUAAUAAUAUGUAAUAUGUAAUGUAGUAAUACAGACUUAAUUCAAUUUUAAUAUCAAUUUAUCUUAAUGUCUCAACUUUACCAAUUCGAUUUAAUUAGAAUAAAAUUGCAAUGUUAAUAUUAUCACGUCAAUUUUUAGAAUAUUUUGUUUUGGGUCCCAAUUAUCAUCCUAAUGAUAAAAUCAAAAAUGUAACGUUUAUUUUUUUUUUAAUUAAAAAUUAAAACAUUUGAAAAAAGAAGAAAAUGAAAAACAUUGAAUUGACAUCCUGUACCUUAUUUGUGAUUUUGUGCUAAUAUAGAUAUAGAAAGAUAUGAUGAAAAAAGGACAGGAUAAAAAUUUUGGAAUUAGCGUCUUUAAUGUC